ACCGCCAAAGCCCCAUCUCAGCUGGCCGACGACGCAAUUUGCCAAUUUACAAAGGCAAUAGAAAUAGAAUUAUAUUAAAUAGUGCCAUGUUCUCGAUCUUUGGGAAGCGCAAGCCCGCCGAGACGCCGACGGAGGAUCAGCCCAUCCAGGGUCCGGCGGAGGGGCCGCGGCCAGGGACCAGUGGCGAUGACUUCGUCUUCAUAGAGCGGAAGCCCGGACCGGAUGCUCCGCCGCCAUCCGCCCUGCCCUUCGCCUCCCCGGGCCCCAUGUACCCGCCCAUGCCGCCGGCGGGCUACCUGCCCUACCCGCCCAUGCCGGGCGCCAGGGGAUCGCCGGCGAAGCUGCCCGGCGCCCAGGUACCCGGACCCGUCAACUACUUGCAGGACAUUCCCUUCGAGCUGGCGCCCGAAUUGGCCACCAAGGACCGCUAUGCCAGCACCCAGAUGCAGGUGGACAGCAUCCUGGCGCUGCUCACGCGCCAAAUGUCCGUCGACGAGCUGGCCGAGGAGUACACCUUCGCCCUGGAGAGAUCCGUGCAGAACGAGUGCUACUAGCCUUAGUCCUUAACUCAUUUCACUGGUUAUUAUAAUAAAACGUUGCCUAUUUAAUUGUAAA